CUUGCCUUGAUCUCCAUUUUGUAUGUUUUUCCUGGAGGUUAGCACCUACUUUCCCAGCGGCUAGCAGCGCAGCUCAGGCAGUGUGACAUUUUUGCAUGACUACUCACUGCAAAAUCGGACCCGGGAAACUGAAAAGCAGACAGAACACACCCAGAUUCACGAGUGCUGCUGUUUGGUGUAGUCAUGUAGCGACGAUACGACGAGUGGGGAGUAACAGAAUCAGUCAGCGUGUUGUGAACUGCCACUUUCAACCAAAACAAUGUUGACUGAUGACCUGUGGACUCUUAUUAGCAGCCUGUCAUAUCAAGGAUGGAUCAAGGUGGAGUGAAGAAGAUAGCGUACAGAAGAAAUGACCAUCUAAGCAAACUGGUCUACACUGAAAGCCCUGAGGAGGGAGGUCUUCUAAAGGUGGCUCCUCACAGUGCCAUGUCCAUCACCUCUCCUCCUUCUGUUGUUCUUCCAUCCAGCCCAUUAAUGCAGCCUGGACAGGUGACCAACGGCCUCAGCAACAGCCCACUUCCAGAGGAGCUUGCCUCAGCCCCUGCCACGAUCGGUUCCUCGGUUGACAGUUCAGAAACCAGGGGCCUGACCAAAGAUCAGAGGCCUGAAGAGCUGCAGUUGUUCCAGACGCAGACUUUCAAUACCUUUGGGCAUCAGGUCCUGCCCCAGUUGGAUGCCAGCAUGGCAGACAUUACCCAGUCCUCCAUGGACUCCCUCAUCGGGGGGUCGGAUCCCAACCUAUUUGCUGUGAAAACGGAGGAUUUCUCCAUGGAUAAAGGCGAGCAGGACCCCAACRAUCUGGACCACGCCUUUGACCACAUCGGCAAAGACGUGGACAUGAACCAGAAACUGUUCAACGAAACCAGUCUGGAUCUCCUUCAAGAGUUUGACCUCACCGCAUCCCCCUCCGAUUUUUACGUGGGGGACGAUGAUGCCUUCUUGUCCACGCUGGCAGACGAUUCUUUGCUCGCAGACGGGGCAACCGAGAGGGACGUGAAACCCUCCGUGGUCGAGAGUGUCGGCACCACCAGGGCCAGUGCCUGCAACAGUAGCAAGGCGUCAAGCCCACUUGAGUCCAAGUCCAAGUCUCCUUCUUUGACCCCUACAACCACUUUUCCCGCCGUGGUGAAGAAAGAAAAAGAUACCGGCUUCAUUCAGCUCUGCACACCGGGCGUGAUUAAGAAGGAGAAGACGUCUUCAGGGUACUGUCAAAUGAGCGGCUCGAGCCCCAUCUCUAUCUGUGGGGUGAGCACGUCGGGAGGCCAGAGCUUCCACUUUGGAAUCAACGCCAGAAACAGCGACGCUCUGCAGGAGAAGGACCAGAAACCCGUGUCUGGCUUGUUCCUCCCAGUAACGACCAUCAGUGGAGCCUGGCACCGGAACCAGGGCGACAGCUCAGCAAUCCGCAGGGCCAGUGAGGUUUUCUCAACCUCUCCCUCCUUCUCCUCCAGCUUUGCCAGUUCCAUCUCCAGACAGGAAGGGGGCACUCCGACAUCCACGACCCAGGGAAAGAGCGGGACUCAUAAAAUCUGUCUGGUGUGCUCUGAUGAGGCCUCCGGGUGCCAUUAUGGAGUCCUCACCUGCGGCAGCUGCAAGGUCUUCUUCAAGAGAGCAGUGGAAGGCCAGCAUAACUACCUGUGUGCAGGGAGGAACGACUGCAUCAUUGACAAAAUCAGGCGAAAGAACUGCCCGGCCUGCCGCUUCCGCAAAUGCCUGAUGGCAGGCAUGAACCUGGAAGCUCGCAAAACGAAGAAGCUGAAUCGCUUAAAGGGCAACCAGAGCAGCAACCCGCCGGAGAUGAUGCCCUCGCCGCUGGUCGAGGCUCGCUCGCUGGUGCCCAAGUGCAUGCCCCAGCUUGUCCCCACCAUGCUGUCCCUGCUGAAGGCCAUCGAGCCGGACACCAUCUACGCCGGCUACGACGGCACACUCCCCGACACGUCCACGCGCCUCAUGACCACGCUGAACAGGCUGGGCGGGCGGCAGGUCAUCUCCGCCGUGAAGUGGGCCAAGGCUCUGCCAGGUUUCAGAAACCUGCACCUGGAUGAUCAGAUGACCCUGCUGCAGUGCUCCUGGCUCUUCCUCAUGUCGUUCAGCCUGGGCUGGAGGUCUUACCAGCAGUGCGACGGCAACAUGCUCUGCUUCGCACCAGACCUCGUCAUCAAUGAGGAGCGGAUGAAGCUGCCCUACAUGGCCGAGCAGUUUGAGCAGAUGCUGAAGAUUUCCAGCGAGUUCGUCCGGCUGCAGGUUUCCCACGAGGAGUACCUGUGCAUGAAGGUCCUGCUGCUGCUCAGCACAGUGCCCAAGGACGGCCUGAAGAGCCAGGCGGUGUUCGACGAGAUCCGCAUGUCGUACAUCAAAGAGCUGGGAAAAGCCAUAGUGAAGCGCGAGGAGAACUCCAGCCAGAACUGGCAGCGUUUCUACCAGCUCACCAAGUUGUUGGACUCCAUGCACGAGAUGGGCAGCGGACUGCUCAGCUUCUGCUUCUACACCUUCGUGAAUAAAUUCCUGAGCGUGGAGUUCCCCGAGAUGCUGGCCGAGAUCAUCAGCAAUCAGCUACCAAAAUUCAAGGCCGGAAGCGUCAAACCUCUCCUCUUCCACCAGAAGUGACUGUUUCCCGUAGCAGCAACAAUGCCUUAAACUCCCACCACGUCACCUCACCAGCCCGACAAAACCUCCCCCGCCCCUUCGCCCUCCUCCCCCACUCCCCCGUCGGACAAGAGCAACAAACGAAAAGGACUUUACACCAGUAGGGAGCGGUGUUUUCUAGCAGCAUCUCUGUGCUGAUGGGUCUGGUGGGGAGGAGGAGGGGGGCCGCGGGGGAAGCAAUGUUUGUGUAGGAACCAGACCGCGAGCACAAGACGUUUCGCUGUGUUGAGUAGGCUAAGAUGUAGUGUCUAAUAACGAAUAGGAAAUGUUUGUGAAGCUAACAGCAAAGAGAAAUAGGCUAACAUUCAUGUUGUCUCAGGUGUCUUACCUUGAAAUUCAGAGCGAUAUCUGAAAUAGAUACAACAAAAUAUCUAUGUAAAGGUUCUGAUAGUAUUUUCUACAUUUUCAAAGUAACAGUUUAUACACUUUUCCAGGUCACCGUUGCCCAAGGGGGCAGCAAAUCGGAAUAACACGCUCUUAUUACGUAGGCUGUUUAUGUUCCACUUUUAGUUUUUAUAGGAGGUUGUAACAAAAAUGGUUUUUCAGUCGCACAGAUACAACGACGACAGCGAAAAACAAAACCAACAAAAAAAAAAAA